AUGGCAGUAGGCGCUGCGACCGACUCUCAGAGAAUGGUUAAACCCGCGAGGCAACGAAUUCGCUUUGCUCCUGAUGAGGUGUCGCUGCUGCUUGCACUGGAGCUUGGUUCUUGCCAUUCAUUACUCCCUGACGUUGUGUCACCGCCAUCAUCCGUUGGUAACAAUGAAGUGAGCCGUGGACAUACAUCUCCCACGUCGCGGUAUCCCGUCGAUGACUACCGACUACCGGACUGUUUUAUUCCCGUGACACGACCUUUCAAAAACUUUGACGUGCAGCGUCCGCGGCGGGAUUUUUACCCAAACUGCGUCUCCUUCUUUAUACCGAGUCGAAGUUGCCCGAUUAGGCGAGGGCACAAUUUUCUUUUCAUUCCUAUCUAUUUUUAUUAUUCUUUCUAUCACUCUUUUUUCUCCUUUUUAUCUCUUUUUGUUAUCACUUUUUAUUUUUAUCAUUCUUCCUUUUGUUUUUUUACUUGUCGUUCUUUUUCUGUAUCUUUCUGUUUUUCAUCCCCAAAUACCUUUGAGAUAGGGCUGGUGCAGCACAAUUCAACAUUUUCCAAUGGACGCUAUUUUGAGUUUCAUGGUAAACGGUUGCAGGUAGGUAUUAUGCUCAUAUGGGACGGUAGCUCCACAGUCCACUUGAAACUUUACCUUCCUUUUUUCUAG